CACACACUCGCUCAAACGCAGACUCAACGAGUGCGGGGCUCUGUCUGCAAACCCUGUUCGAGGAGUACAACAGCAACUCUGUCAUCCUUUGCAUUUCCAAUCAAUGGCCUUCAUCAUGAUGAAAAAGAAAAGGUUUAAGUUUAAAGUGGAUGUGGAGCUGGAGGAGCUGUCAUCUGUCCCAUACGUGAACGGAGUUCUGUUCUGCAAGGUCCGACUGACGGACGGAGGCUUUUCAGAGGAGUCUUCGAGAGAGCCAGUUUUGGUGAAUUGCGUUAAAUGGAAGAAAAGAUUCUCCUUUAUAUGUAAGAUGAGUGCUAAUGCCGGGACAGGGGUGCUGGAUCCUUGUGUUUUUCGGGUAUCUGUAAGAAAGGAGCUCAAAGGUGGGAAGACGUUUGCAAAGCUUGGUUUUGCUGAUUUAAACUUGGCUGAGUUUGCUGGUUCAGGAAGCACCACGAGGCGCUGUCUAUUGGAGGGAUACAACACCAAAAACACACGUCAGGACAACUCUAUACUGAAGGUGAUAAUCAGUAUGCAUCUAAUGUCGGGUGAUCCCUGCUUUAAAACGCCUCCAUCCACUGCAAUGACAAUAGGAUUUCCAGGAGACACAGAGACAUGUCUGCAUGAAGACAGAAGAGGAGAGACACCAAAAACAACCAAUUACUUUACAGAAAACUUAGGAAAAAGUGGCUUUAGUCAUGGUUCGGUUCCAGAUGAACUGGGAAAGUGUGGCCACUCAAGAACCGCGAGCUACGCCAGCCAGCAGUCUAAGUUUUCAGGUUACAGCACAGGUCACUCACGCUCCUCCAGCCUGACAGAGCUCUCUCAUCGGAGGAACUUGUCUGUGGGCAGUGCCUCCACCGGGAUAGGUAGCCUUCAAGAGCCCAGUGAGAACAGAGAGUCCCGCACACCUUUACCACAGCAUUUACCCACACCGUCACACAGUGCAUUCUCAGCCGGCAGACAUCCAGUAAAGCAGGACUCGGUGGAGUGUCAGUUAAAGCGAGUAGAUGCUACCAGAGUGGACGCUGAUGACAUCAUUGAAACAAUCCUACAGGGUCAAGACUUCAGCCACAGCAUUCUGGACUCCAGUAAUGAAGAGGAGGGUCUGCGCCUGUUUGUUGGGCCAGGAGGCAGCACUGCACUGGGCUCUCAGCACAGCAGGUGAGAUUGAUUAUGUAACAUCCCUGCCGCAAGGUCAACACAUCAACUGGCAUCCCCUGCUCACGAUGUCCUUGUGUUUGCUCAUUGUGUUUUGCAUUAUGAUAAGCCAAUUAUUGAGAGGGUUGGUGCUGGAGCUUUUGAACAGGUGGUUAUAAAACGCUAGACUGAGCGUCCAUGGGGGAAGGUGAUGUAAUAUCUUGUGUCAAAAGAGGGGACGGCAGUCAUCUUCCAUCCCAAGCAGCACUUCUAUACUGGGCUACUGACACAUGCGUGGGCUCUAGGGAUUGUGGGAUUCCUGCUCCCCCUACUGGUCAUCUCUGGAAACAGACAGAAGCUUUUUUUCUGUACCUAACAGUUACAGAAAAUGCUUGGAUUGGAAGCUUUUUACCAAAAAUAGAUGUUUAUAGUUCUCGGAAAGAGAUUUAAAGGGAUUGUUCACACACAAAAUAGAUUCUGUCAUCAUUUAUUUACCAUCUACUAGUUCCAAACCUGUAUUUUGAACAAAAAAGAAGAUUUUUCGAAGAAUGUUGGAAACUGGCAACCCAUUGACUUCCAUGGUAUUUCUUUUUUCUUUUUUUUUUAUCUGACAAAAGUUAAGUGAAUACACUUUAUUCGUCAAUGAUUUUUAAAGUUUAAAAAACAAAACUAAUUUACAUUGUGGUAUCCUUUUAUAUAUUGGCUUCCAGUUUCCAACAUUCUUCACAAUAUCUUCUUUUACAAAUAAAAUGUUUGAAACCACUUGAGGGUGAGUAAAUUCAAAUAAAUCUGGGGGUGAACAAUCAUUUUAAUGCUGGCAGAACUGAAAAGACGUUUUCCUCUUUAUGUUUUCUUGUUGACUUGGACUUUCAUCUGUCCAGUGUUGCUUUUAACAGAUGCUGCUAA